UCAAAAAACCAACUUUCUCUUCUUUCAAUAUCUUCACACACUACCAUUGCUCAAUAAAAAUCAAGAAUAGCGGAAAUAGGUUCGUGUUCUGCUUUCAAAGUCAGUCGUCAACUCUUUCACUCCACCAUUGAAUAAUAAAAAACCAAGAAUAGCGAAAAUAGGUUCGUGUUCUGCUUCCAAAGUUAGUCGUUGAGUUUUUCACAAUAGAUCAACAAACAUGGUUAACUUCAAUGAUCAAGAUUUUUUUUCUAGUAAAUGUGUAUGGGUAAAUGGCCCUGUUAUUGUAGGCGCAGGUCCAUCAGGACUAGCUGUGGGUGCAUGUUUAAAAGAACAAGGAAUUCCUUGUAUUAUCUUGGAAAAAUCUGAUUGUAUUGCAUCAUUAUGGCAGAAAAAAACUUAUGAUAGACUAAAACUACACCUCCCUAAACAAUUCUGUCAAUUACCCAAAUUCCCAUUUCCACAACACUACCCUGAAUACCCCACAAAGAAACAAUUCAUUGAAUAUCUUGAAUCAUAUGCUAGAAAAUUUAACAUCAAUCCAAGAUUCAAUGAGUGUGUUAAAUUUGCAAAAUAUGAUCAAUCUUGCAAAUUGUGGAAGGUGAAAACUGUUUCUCCAAAUGGUUUAGAAGUUGAAUAUAUUUGCCAGUGGCUUGUUGUGGCUACAGGAGAAAAUGCUGAGAAAGUUGUGCCUAAUAUUGAAGGUUUAAAAGAAUUUGGAGGUGAAGUGAUUCAUGCUUGUGAUUAUAAGUCUGGUGAGAAGUUUUUUGGGAAGAAAGUUCUUGUUGUUGGAUGUGGAAAUUCUGGCAUGGAAAUUUCUCUUGAUCUUUGCAACCAUAAUGCUCAACCAUCAAUGGUUUGUCGUAGCUCGGUUCAUGUUUUACCAAGAGAAAUCUUUGGAAAAUCAACAUUUGAGCUAGCUAUGUUUAUGAUGAAAUGGCUACCACUUUGGCUAGUUGAUAAAAUUAUUCUCAUUUUGACAUGGUUUAAUCUUGGAAAUAUUGAGAAAUUUGGACUAAAAAGGCCAUCAAUUGGUCCUUUGGAACUAAAGAAUACACAAGGGAAAACUCCUGUUUUGGACAUUGGUACAUUGGAAAAAAUUAGAUCAAGAAAAAUUAAUGUUGUCCCUGGAAUCAAGAGGUUUUCAUGUGGCACUGUUGAACUUGUCAAUGGUGAAAAACUUGAAAUUGAUUCUGUUGUUUUGGCUACUGGUUAUUGCAGCAAUGUCCCUUAUUGGCUACAGGAAAGUGAAUUUUUUUCCAAUAAUGGAUUCCCAAAAUCACCAUUUCCAAAUAGUUGGAAAGGAAAAUCUGGACUAUAUGCAGUUGGUUUCACAAGGAGAGGGCUAGCUGGUGCUUCUGCUGAUGCUAUUAGAAUUGCACAAGAAAUUGUCAAAGUUUACAAACAAGAUCUUAAGCAAAAAAAGCAAAAAAUUCCCACACAUAGAGGAUGCAUCUCUACCUUUUGAUUCAAUCAUAAAAAUAUACUUGGCAACUCGGUGCACAUGACAUCCCACGUUCAUGCUGCAAUGUCCGUGGAAGGGUCAUAACCCAAAGGAUGUGAUGUAGCCUACAUUAAUAACUACUUUGACGGCUCGAACGCAUGAAAAAAAGUGUAAUUAGCCCUCUCCACAAAAAGUCCAAGUUUUGGUACAGUUUGGACAUUUUGUAUUGGUAGCAACCGGUCCAGUGGAAAGUUCGGUCCUGCAUAAGUUAUCGGAUCCUAAAAAACAAAAAAAAGUUUGUCGGAAAGUGAGUAUGUAUAUGUAUAUAUAUAUAUUACUUAUAUUGACCCUUAGUACAUAUUUGUUUUUUUAGAAUUACUACUAAUGAUUAAUCAAAUGACAAAGAUAU